GUUCACUCCAGCGACAAGCACUCGACCAUCCGCACCGACCGUACAUUAGACCUCUGCCCAUUGCUAGGCAUUCGACGAUUCGCUGCCCUGGCGCCCGGCGAUUCCGAUACCUUCCCUCUCCCUCGCUUGCUCUCGUGGAAUAGCCGACGCCUUCAGUGGUAGUCGUCUACCAUGUCCAACCUGCCACUCGCCAAAGCCGGACCAGCAAGCAAUAAGAACCAGUCUUUGGCUGCACAGAACCAGAUCAGCCCGGCGCUCUCGUCGACACAGCAGUUCUUCCAGGACUCGCCCGCCGGGAAGAAGGGCGGCGCGUCAGGUUCGCGAUCAGCGUCAGGUUUCGCAGCACCACGUAAUUCGCAGGCUGCAAAGCCCAAGCACGCGAAGAGCAAGAAGUUCCGGUCGUUGGAUGAGGAUGCAGAGGCUGAGGAAUUCAGCAUGCAGAAUCCACAUGGCCGACGCGGCCAACAGAGCAUCACCCACCUGAUGCAGUUUGCUUUACCGCCACGACCGAAUGCACAGGACCGAUACCACCGCCACAGCUACAAUGGACCGCGGAACAGGAACAGACACAAUCCUACGUGGGGCCUGGGAAGCGGCUACCACGCGGUAGACAAGGCAAGAUAUAUUCAUGCCAAUUACCGCUUCAUCGUUGACCCUCGAGGUGACUACCGUGCUCAAGCCGAGGACGCCGACGUGCACUUGGACUGGAAUAAUGUCUUACAGGUCAUUGCCUCGAGCAAGACACAGAGCUCAUCCUGCCCAAUCUGUCUGGGCGAGCCGACUGCACCACGAAUGGCAAAGUGCGGCCACAUCUUCUGCCUGCCAUGCCUGAUCCGAUAUAUGCACUCUGAAGAUGCUGCAAAUCCACUUCCCGAGAAGAAGGCCAGGUGGAAGAAGUGCCCCAUCUGCUACGACAGCAUUUAUGUAUCCGAGACGCGUCCGGUAAGGUGGUACGAAGGCCAAGAGAACGAUCCUCCGCGUGAAGGCGGCGACAUGGUUCUACGACUGGUCAAGAGGAAGCCUUCACAGACGCUGGCCAUGCCGCGUGAGAGCGGCGACGUCGUUGCAAAGGGCGAUUCCAUUCCAUGGUACUUUGCAACCGAAGUCAUGGAUUAUGCGCGGGUGAUGAAGGGGAGUGAAGAGUACAUGCUGCAGCAAUAUGACGAGGCGAUCGCUGCGAUUGAACAGACAGAGAAAGAGGACGAGUUGAUGUUUGGGGAAGAUACGCAGUGGACGGGCAGAGCUGUGCGCACAUUGCGGGAGUCAAAAGAGAAGAUACGGGGUAUUGGCAACGCACCUGCUCAGCCACGGAAACCAGCUCCAACGGAUGAAGUCAAGUCGGAGCGCCCGCCGAUCGAAUUCAACUCAAGCGACGAGGGUGUACCCGACAUGUACUUGCAGAAACAAGGCGACGCCCCGUCACCAGCCCCAGCGCCUACAACUGGCAGUAGCUUGGAGCCCGGGCCAGAAGAACAACAGCCAUCCGUUCCACGAACACUGGAUGAGAUGCGUAGGCGACAGCUGGAGAAGCCGCAGCCAAAUGAGUACUUCUUCUACCAUGGUCUUCAACACUUCUACCUGUCACCUCUUGACAUUCGAAUUCUGAAGACGGCCUUCGGAUCAUAUCACGCCUUUCCAUCGAGCAUUUUGCCACGUGUUGAGCGUGUCUCGAGCGGGCAUGUGGUCGAUGAUGACUUACGGAAACGCGUCAAGUACCUUGGACACCUCCCAUAUGGCUGUGAAGUCGGCUUCUUGGAAUGCGACUGGCAAGACGUUGUGAGCGCAUCCGUGCUCGACGAGUUCAGGCCGAUGCUGGAACGGCGCAGGAAACGCGCAGACGAGAAGGAGACGCGUGAAGAGAAGGAAAGGAUUCGCAUUGAAAAGGCACAAGAGCGAGAGCUUGCCAGUAUUCGCCAGCAGAGACGAUCCAGUAUCACGAAGAACGAUGACUUCUUCACGCCAGCCCUUCCGACACAAAGUGCAUUUGCGGCGGAGGGCGUUCCUACUGGCUCGAGCCCCAGAGCAGAUCGACCAGGGUUUGGAAGUCUCGCUUCCCCUGGCACAUCACCUGGCAUGCCGAGAACGAUUUGGGGCACUGCGGCGCUGCCCGCGACCAAUGACAUUCACGGGCUGCCCACGGACAACCAAUUUGCUCAGCAGGAAGAUGGCUGGCUGCAGGGCUGGGAGCGAGAUUUGCUUGACCAUGAUGCUCAGCAAGCACUUGCGGCGAGCAUGGAUGGACUCGAGAUGCAGGGCAAGCCGACCCCAGGUGGGAAGAAGGGCAAGAAGAAGAACAAAAUCACGCUCAUGAGUACUGGCGGUGCUCGACGCGGAGCGUAGCGAUGACGAUACGCGCAGGACCGACGUUUGAUAUGGCUUCAAUCACGAGCAGGAUAGCGAUGACGAAGCGGGUAUAUAACAUGCAGCGACGUACUAUGAACAUUCGGUAUCUUCAUGAUGGCAUUACGCCGUACUCGCCGUAUUUCCUCUCGCCAAGCGGCAGGGCGCAUGUAGGGAUGAUGUCGUUUGAUGCAGGAUGAGGAGGGUGGGCAAGAAUUGAGUUUCUCAUCGGCAGAUGAGCUAAAUUUACUAAACUCCUAUACUACCUCCUACCUUUUUAUGUAGUGUAGGUCCUGCACAGUGC